AUGGCAGAUCCGGAACCCUCAGCAGUAAGCCUCCCACAGGUGCUGGAUCAGGAGAUAAAAUGUCUGAGCAAACAAGAGAAAUCCUUGCUGGGCAGUGUAGCAGCGAUCAAGACCUUGGCUAGUAUUCUUCAGGGCUGCUAUGGCCCUUAUGGCAGGCUAAAGUUCCUGGUGACAUCUCAGGGAAAAACUGUCUGUACAGGGUAUGCAGCAACAAUCCUUGGAGCCUUGGAACUAGAACAUCCAGCAGCUCAACUUCUCCGGGAAGCAGCACAGACCCAAGCUGAGAACAGUGGGGAUGGCACAACCUUUGUUGUUCUUCUGGCUGGGGCCUUGCUUGAGCAGGCUGAAGUCAUGGUGCGGGCUGGCCUGCCCCACUCUCGUGUCCGUGAAGCCUAUGCUAUGGCAACCAAUGAAGCCCUGAAAAUACUGCCUACCUUGGUUGUUUGUUCCUUAGACUCUUUGGAAGAUCCAACUUGGGCCCUCCGCUCUGCAGUAUAUACCCACUCCCUCUCCCACCCUGAGUACUUGGCAAAGUUGGUGACUCAGGCAUGUCAUGAUUCUCGGGAUCCUGAUGGAAGCUUUAACCCUGAACGCUUGGCAGUAUGCUCACUGCCUGGAGCAAGUCUGGGUGAUUCAAGUCUGAUACCAGGAUUGGCAGUGUAUGGAGCACCUUGUGGGAAAAUUACAGUUGUGCUUGGAGGAGCCAAGGUCGCACUAUAUUCUUGCCCCUUUGGCCCCGCUAGCCCCCAUACACCUGCUGCUGCUCACCUCACUUGCCCUGAAGACUUAAUUAACUACAAGAAAGGAGAGGAGAUGAUGGCAUCAAUGCUAGUGACCCAGCUUGCAGCUAAGGGUAUCAAUGUGGUGGUGGUAUGGGGACAAAUAAAUGAGAUUAGUCUACUGCAUGCUGAUCAGCAUGGCAUCAUGGUCGUGCAGGCAAAGUCCAAACAGCAGGUGGUCCAGCUGAGCCAUGUCAUGGGUAUAACUAUGCUGCCUUUCUUGAUGCCUCCCCUUGUAGCAGGGCAAUGCCUUAAGGUAUAUACAAAGGAAAUGGCACUAGGAUUGGCUGUGAUAUUUGAAUGGGAUUGCUUACUUGCACCUGCUUUCACUGUGAUCCUUCGGGGAUCCACAGCUGAAGGACUAAAGGGAGCAGAACAGGCUGUUCAUCAUGCCAUAAGUGCCUAUGCACAGCUGAGUCAGGAUCCCCGCUUGCUACCAGGAGCUGGGGCAACAGAGUUGGCUCUAGCUAAAAAACUUUCAGAACUGGGAAGCCAAUUGGAGGGAGCCAAUGGUCCUGGGAUCCUUGCAUUUGCCAGGGCUCUUAGGUCACUUCCUGUAAUCCUAGCAGAGAAUGCAGGCAUGCAAGGGGCAGAUGUAUUGGCACAACUUCAGGCACAUCACCAGGCUGGGAACACGGUUAUGGGGGUGGGGGAUGAAGGGACAAUAAAUGUAACCCAGGAAGGAGUAUUUGACCCCUUCAUUGUCAAGACCCGGGGACUACGGGUGGCUGCUGAUGUGGUGUUGGAACUAGUGACUGUAGAUGAUAUCCUGAUUGCCAAGAAAAGCGGGGAGUAUAUCCACCCAAAGGACAGGAAUUCUGAAUCAGAUAAUCUAAAACAACACCCAACCUCCCUCAAUAACAACUAA